AGCAAGCUAUUUAAAUAUUGAGUAUAAAGUGCUAUAGAAUGGAAUCCUGCUUAGAGGAUGAUACUCCCUUAACAUCAAACGAGAUAAUGAAUUUUGCGUUUAAACAACGUAAACUUCAGAUGUUGAUAGAAUUAUGGGGUAAUGAGCUGGAAAGGGAAAAUGAUCUACUACUAUCCAUUUCCGUUAAACAAAAAAUGUUUAUAGGUGAAAAGAUAUAUGUUGACAGUUACAUCACCGCGUCCAAAAAUGAAAGUCAGCAAGACCCUCCAAGACCAUCUUCCUUUUUUUUUCCAACAUCAUCCGACGAUAUAAGUGAUUUUGAGGCAUCCAAUCCAACACCAGAUGAUAUUAUAAAAUGGUGUCAACAAUCAAUGAAUGAUUUGGACAAAGAAGAAAGUCGUCUCCGGGAAAUAAUUAAUGAGAUUAACGCGAUUCUCAGAAGAAAUUUUUGGGAUAUGGUUACUUGGGAUUGGCGGGAACGUUAUCAAGAAAUCCAAUUUUUGAAUUCGUAUAUUGAUGAGUACGAUGAGAAUACUACCGAUGGUGGAAUAACAUCCGAAGAAAUAAGCAACAAUUCAACUACCACCGCGUCAGAGAAUAUUUCUAUACAGUAUAUUUUGGAUAAUUCUUUGGAUGUUGAAUCAGAUAAAGAAUCUGAAAAAAAAAAUUAA